AUAAAGCAAGUGAAAAACAAAUGACUGGUCUGAUUCGGCAACGCUGGCAAAAGAUUGGCGACGUCAACGGGCCCUUCAACCCCAUUUCCUUCUUGGUGUGGUCAUUACUCCCUCUCUAGGGUUUUGGUUCGGCAAAAGGGGGUUUUGAGUUUUUUUUUUUUUGGAUCGAUCGAUCAUAUGCACAUCCCAUGAAUCAUCAUCAUCAAGAUCUGAAGAACAACAAGAAGAAGAAGACUCAAAAAAAGUAAAUCUUGAUCGAAAUGAGCGCGUCGAGGUUCAUAAAGUGCGUGACUGUCGGUGAUGGAGCUGUGGGCAAAACCUGCAUGCUGAUUUCCUACACUAGCAACACAUUCCCUUCGGAUUAUGUGCCGACUGUUUUCGACAAUUUCAGUGCAAAUGUGGUUGUGGAUGGGAGCACCAUCAACCUAGGGCUAUGGGAUACUGCUGGUCAGGAGGACUACAAUAGAUUAAGACCUCUAAGCUAUCGUGGAGCAGAUGUCUUUCUUCUUGCUUUUUCUCUCAUUAGCAAGGCCAGUUAUGAAAACGUUGCAAAGAAGUGGAUACCUGAAUUGAGACAUUAUGCACCUGGUGUUCCAAUAAUUCUUGUUGGAACAAAGCUUGAUCUUAGGGAUGAUAAGCAGUUUUUCGUAGACCACCCUGGUGCAGUGCCGAUCACUACGGCUCAGGGAGAGGAGCUGAGAAAACUGAUCGGUGCUCCUGCCUACAUAGAAUGUAGUUCAAAAACGCAGCAGAAUGUUAAAGCAGUGUUUGAUGCUGCCAUUAAAGUAGUGCUCCAACCGCCCAAGCAAAAGAAGAAGAAAAAAGGACAAAAGGUCUGCUCUAUUUUAUGAUCGAGGAAAGAAUUUGAUCAGUUGAAAAUAGAAGAUAACCUAUCAGCCUCUCUCAUGCAGCCUGUGACAUUCCAAGUCGUCAUCUUUUAAGGACGCAUCAAGGUUUUGGUAUAUAGUUCACUGACUUAACUAGGGAUUCUGUCGGUGGCAUUUAGCGGUUUGUUUCUUACAGUACUGGAUUUAAUGAUCUGUAAUUGUGGAUUAGCAUUCUUUGAUAAUGUUUGCAACUCUAUUCUUUCCUUGUUUUUGCUGUGUGAAUUUAUCUCAUAUAUUAUGAGAGUGUUUCUUCCCAUGAACAUAUUAGCAUUUCGUAAUACCAUAUGUUGUGCCUCAUAA